AUGACUUUCCCACAAUCAACUCCUAAUUAUUGGCAAGGUUAUCAAUCUCCAAGUUUAAGUGUAAAUAAUAAUCCAAAACAUGAUUUAUAUAAUGAUAUCUGUGAACUAAAUCAAGAAAAUGUGACUUUAUUUAAUGAUCAACAACUACAACAACAACAACAAAAUGAUCAAACAUUUCAAUAUAACAGUAAUCCAAAUAUAUAUUCAAAUCCAAACCAUUUUCAAUAUGAUACUAAUAAUAUUAAUGAAGAAAAUUUUAACUUUUUAGAUCAACAACGUCAAGUACAACUUCAACAGGAAAUUAAUAAUAAUAAUAAUAAUGAUAACAAUGGAAACGUACGAUCACACCCAUUGUCUCAACAGCACAUUAAUGGAAUUGGAAGUAUCACAUCUAAUGGCUCAUCUCCAAGUCAAGGUCAUAUUGUCAAUAAUUAUGUAUCACCAGAAACUUCAGGUACUUCCGAAACUUCUGUAAAUGAUAUGGAUGCAAUGAAAUUAGAGUCAAAUUUAAAUAAUACUUACAAUCCUUCAUCAAGAAAACUUUCAACAAAAUCUAAAAAACAAUUAUUAGAUGAACAAGAUGCAAUAUUAAUAGCAAGAGAUGAUUCAGAAUUAACAGAAGAUGAAUUACAGUUAAAAAGAAAAGCUCAAAAUAGAGCAGCACAAAGAGCAUUUAGAGAACGUAAAGAAACAAAAUUAAAAGAAUUAGAAAAUAAAUUAUUACAAAGUGAAGAAGAAAGACAAAGAUUAAUUGAUCAAUUAGAUAUUAUAAGAAAACAAAAUAUUUCAAUAAGUUCAGAAAAUGAUUUUUUAAGAAAUAAUGAUGGAUCAAAUUUUUUACCAAAUUCAAAUUUAAAUACUGUAAAUAAAUUUGAUUUCCCACAAAGUCAAGAAGAAUUUAUAGAUCAUGUUAUGAAAGGUACUGGUCAUGAUAUUGAUCAAUCAAAAGUUAAUACAGUUUAUAAUAAAGAAGGUAAAAAAUUAUUAGCUUUAGGUGCAGUUUGGGAUUAUUUACAAAUCAAAGCAGAAGAAGCAAAUUUAGAUUCAAAUUCAAUUGAUUUUGUAGAAGUUAUGAACAAAUUAAAAGGUAAUGAAAAAUGUCAUGGAUAUGGACCUGCUUAUCCAUUAGAUUUGGUUAAUAAAGUUAUUGAAAGUUGUAUUGAAUAA